GCGGCGGUGGUGGUGGCGGCGGCGGCGGCGGUAACAGCUGCGCGCAGGCGCGGGUGCGAACGGGAAACGCUGCAAGGGCCGAGCCGGGCCGGACGGUGGGGACGACGGAAGGCGACCAUGGCCGCGACGGCAAGUGGUGGCGGGCCCGGGGCGGCAGCAGGCGGCGCGGGCGCUGGGGGAACUGCGGCGGCCGCCUCGGGACUAGCGGUUUAUCGGCGGAAGGACGGGGGUCCGGCCAGCAAGUUCUGGGAGAGCCCGGAGACGGUGUCCCAGCUGGAUUCGGUUCGCGUUUGGCUGGGCAAGCACUACAAGAAGUAUGUUCAUGCAGACGCUCCUACCAAUAAAACGCUGGCUGGGCUGGUGGUGCAGCUUCUCCAGUUCCAGGAAGAUGCUUUUGGAAAGCAUGUCACCAAUCCGGCCUUCACCAAACUUCCUGCUAAGUGUUUCAUGGAUUUCAAAGCUGGAGGUACCUUGUGUCACAUUCUUGGGGCUGCUUACAAAUAUAAAAAUGAGCAGGGAUGGCGACGAUUUGACCUACAGAAUCCAUCUCGAAUGGAUCGUAAUGUGGAAAUGUUUAUGAACAUUGAGAAAACAUUGGUGCAGAAUAAUUGUCUCAACAGACCCAACAUCUACCUCAUUCCAGACAUUGAUCUAAAAUUGGCUAACAAGUUGAAAGAUAUCAUCAAACGACAUCAGGGGACAUUUACUGAUGAAAAGUCAAAAGCUUCCCACCAUGUUUAUCCAUAUCCUUCCUCACAGGAGGAUGAAGAAUGGUUGAGACCAGUGAUGAGGAAGGACAAGCAGGUGUUAGUACACUGGGGAUUUUAUCCCGACAGCUAUGAUACCUGGAUGCAUAGUAAUGAUGUUGAUGCUGAAAUUGAGGAUCCACCCAUUCCAGAAAAGCCGUGGAAGGUUCAUGUGAAAUGGAUUUUGGACACUGACGUUUUCAAUGAAUGGAUGAAUGAGGAGGAUUAUGAGGUGGAUGAGAACAGGAAGCCAGUGAGCUUUCGUCAGCGAAUUUCAACAAAGAAUGAAGAGCCAGUCAGAAGUCCAGAAAGAAGAGAUAGAAAAGCAUCAGCCAGUGCUCGUAAGAGGAAACAUUCACCUUCACCUCCCCCUCCCACACCCACAGAGUCCCGGAAAAAGAGUGGGAAGAAAGGCCAAGCUAGUCUUUAUGGGAAGCGCAGAAAUCAGAAAGAUGAUGAUGAGCAGGAAGAUCUUACCAAGGACAUGGAGGACCCAACACCUGUACCCAAUAUAGAGGAAGUAGUACUUCCCAAAAACGUAAACCCAAAGAAAGAUAGUGAAAAUACACCUGUUAAAGGAGGAACUGUAGCAGAUCUAGAUGAGCAGGAUGAAGAAACAGUUACAACAGGAGGCAAGGAAGACGACGAUCCUAGCAAAGGUGAUCCAAGUCGAUCAGUUGACCCUGGUGAAGAUAAUGUGACGGAGCAGACCAAUCACAUCAUUAUUCCUAGCUAUGCAUCAUGGUUUGAUUACAACUGUAUUCACGUGAUUGAACGGCGUGCUCUUCCAGAGUUUUUCAAUGGAAAGAAUAAAUCCAAGACUCCAGAAAUAUACUUGGCAUAUAGAAAUUUUAUGAUUGACACAUACCGCCUAAAUCCCCAAGAAUACUUAACCAGCACUGCAUGUCGGAGGAAUUUGACUGGAGAUGUAUGUGCUGUGAUGAGGGUUCAUGCCUUUUUAGAGCAGUGGGGACUCGUUAAUUACCAAGUUGACCCAGAAAGCCGACCUAUGGCAAUGGGGCCUCCUCCAACUCCUCACUUCAAUGUGUUAGCUGAUACUCCCUCAGGGCUUGUGCCUCUGCACCUUCGAUCACCUCAGAUCCCUGCUGCUCAGCAGAUGUUAAAUUUCCCCGAGAAGAACAAGGAAAAACCAAUUGAUUUGCAGAAUUUUGGUCUUCGUACUGACAUUUACUCCAAGAAGACAUUAGCAAAGAGUAAAGGUGCUAGUGCUGGAAGAGAAUGGACAGAACAGGAGACUCUGCUACUCCUGGAGGCCCUGGAGAUGUAUAAAGAUGACUGGAACAAAGUGUCGGAGCAUGUUGGAAGUCGCACUCAGGAUGAGUGCAUUCUCCACUUCUUGAGGCUUCCCAUUGAAGACCCCUACCUUGAAAACUCUGAUGCUUCUUUGGGGCCUCUGGCCUACCAGCCUGUCCCCUUCAGUCAGUCGGGAAAUCCAGUGAUGAGCACUGUGGCAUUUUUGGCAUCUGUGGUGGAUCCUCGUGUGGCAUCUGCUGCAGCAAAAGCAGCUUUGGAGGAGUUUUCUCGCGUUCGGGAAGAGGUACCACUGGAAUUGGUUGAAGCUCAUGUCAAAAAAGUACAGGAGGCAGCCCGUGUCUCUGGGAAGGUAGAUCCCACCUAUGGCCUGGAGAGCAGCUGUAUUGCGGGCACGGGGCCUGAAGAACCCGAGAAGCUGGAAGGAGCUGAAGAGGAGAAAAUGGAAGUAGAUACAGACAGCCAGCAGCCUGAGAAGGUAGAAAGCAAAGUAGAAAAUGAAGUGGAUGAUGCUGAUAAAACACAAGAUGGAGAAAAUGAGAAGCAUGAUGAGAAGGAGCCCGACAGUGAAGUUAGUGAGGAUACCAAAUCAGAUGAGAAGGAGACUGAAGAGAAGAAGGAACUCCCUGAUGCGUGUAAAGAAAAAGAAAAUGAGAUUGGGAAGAAGAAAGUAGAACAUGAGAUUUCUGAAGGAAAUGUUGCCACAGCUGCAGCAGCUGCUCUCGCCUCAGCUGCGACCAAAGCCAAGCACCUGGCUGCCGUGGAAGAGAGAAAGAUCAAGUCCUUGGUAGCACUCCUGGUUGAGACACAGAUGAAGAAAUUAGAGAUCAAACUUCGACAUUUUGAGGAGCUGGAAACUAUCAUGGACAGAGAAAAAGAGGCUCUGGAACAGCAGAGGCAGCAGCUGCUUACUGAGCGCCAGAAUUUCCACAUGGAACAGCUGAAGUAUGCCGAAUUGCGUGCCCGACAGCAAAUGGAGCAGCAGCAGCAGCAUGGCCAGAACCCUCAGCAGGCACACCAGCACACAGGAGGACCAGGCCUGGCCCCACUUGGCACAGCAGCACACCCCGGCAUGAUGCCUCAUCAGCAGCCUCCACCUUACCCUCUGAUGCACCACCAAAUGCCACCACCUCAUCCACCCCAGCCAGGUCAGAUACCAGGCCCAGGUUCCAUGAUGCCUGGGCAGCCCAUACCAGGCCGCAUGAUUCCCGCUGUGGGAGCCAACAUCCAUCCUUCUGGGGGUGGUCCUGCCCCCCCUGGUAUGCCACCGAUGCCAGGCAAUAUCUUAGGACCCCGGGUACCUCUUACAGCACCUAAUGGCAUGUAUCCACCUCCACCACAACAGCCGCCACCACAGCCACCUGCAGACGGGGUCCCUCCACCUACUGCUCCAGGCCCACCAGCCUCAGCUGCUCCUUGACCUGGAAGAAACAGGAAACACCAGCGCCCACCACCAUGGAACUUGGGUGACAAGACUUGCGUUUCUCAGCUUCCUCGUGUUUCUUUCAGGAUUUUUCUUGCAGCUCCAAGCACAUUUCCCGUGUCCCCCCAAUCCCCUUGCCACUCCCUCCAAGCUCUGACACCUCUUGUGUCAGGGCCUCUGCCUACACUCAAGAGGGAGCCUGUGGUGCCAGUAUAUGCUGGUCACUCAAAAUUACGUCUCCCCUGUCCUGUUGAGGGGGCUGUUGGCAGUCUGUUCCGCAGGUCAGCAUUAGUAUCCAUGUCUUCAUCAUCUUCACCCUCCUGCAGUUUUUGUUUUGUCUUCUGCUUCUGUGGAUACUGCUCUAUAAUCAUUGUCUUUCUUUUUUUGUUGUUAUCAUUAUUGUAAAGGAGAGCAUCUUAAGUUAAUAGGAACCAAAAAAUGGUGAUAGGCAGAAGGGGAUAGCUACAGGGGACACAACUGAAGGCAUUAUAAGUGACCUUACUUCUGCUUAUCUGAGCUAAGAAUCGUACAGUUGUCGGUGAAGCAUCAUGAGACUUUACCACACAUAAAAUGCACCAAAUUGGAAGAGAUGGGCAAGGAAACCCCACUGAUUCUCUUCCCUAGUGAGGGCUUCCACCCUGCCUGGCAGAACGAUCACUCUGGCUAUUGCAUGGCAGAGGCGAGCACAAACCAUAGAACACAACCCCUCCUUCCCCAGGCCCCCUGGUUCUGGUUCUCUAUGCAGAUGAGUUGUUGGGUUGUGGGCAGGUGUUUGGUUUCUCUGAAGGCAGUGUGAGUUCUAAGGGUUGGGUUUUAAGGUGGCAUCUUUAGUUCCUUAAACUGGCCACAAAGUUGUAUGGGAUCCAUGGCUAGCAGUGAGCCCCUAUGAAUCUAGCCUACGAUUCACUGCUUUGUAUGCAUUUUUUAUUUUUUUUUUCUCUUUGACAAAAAAACUAUAAAAUUUAAAAAAAAAAAAAGGUAGAUAGUUACAAACUUUUAGCUCCUGGAGCUUGGAUAGGAUGGCUUGGGGCAGCGGGGAGGAGGGUACAAGUCGCCAGACUACCUCUUGCUGUGGCCAAGAUAAGUGGAAUUGCGUGAAACGGUACUUCAGGCUUGAGUUAGGAUUGGAAGAUUAGGGCAGGUGCAUUGGCUUCGUGCGUUCUCCUGCCUCUUCUGAGACGUGGCAUUCCACCGGUUGCAGGGUUGUCAAGGAGAUGCUAAGGGUGAUAAGGAACUGACUUGGCAGGCAGAACAUGACACCUCAAGGCUUGGGGUGCUCGGGCUGGACAGGCAUGAUGCCUUUCCAGAGGAAGAGCCACAACAUGCCUUAAUUUGACCUUAGAUCUACCCCUGCUGACAAGUGACUUCGGAGUUUUGGUUUUCUCCUCUUGUCCUUCUGUCCUCCUAACCUUCCAUGCAUUGGAAAAGGGUGUUUUUGGUAGAGCUUGUUUUCCAAAGCACCUGGCUUCCUUGUGUAACUGUCAAGUGGCAGUUUUUUUGUUUAGAAUGCAAAGUGGAAUAUCAUUUGGAUAUCUUUUUCUAUGUAUUUUCUAAAGCUUUACAAAUGAGAAGGUGUAGGGGAGGUAUUUGUAAAACACCUUAGAAUUUUUUUCCUUAAUAUCAGAAAGCAAAAAAAAUAUAUGAAUGAAUGAAAAAAAUAAAAGAAAUAAACCACAAUUGAGAUUUGCCUUUCAAACCUUCAGGUCGGUCUCGACCCUGGUGGCCCUGGUCCCCCUCAGAGCACUGGCAUACUGCCACCAAAGGAGACCUUGCUCCUGUUGUUGUGUGUGUGGGUGGGGGACUCUCGCAGUAGGAGCAGAGAUGAGCGUGCUCCUGCUGGAGUUCAGCUCCAAUGCGUUGGCCUCCAGAAAGACCCCAGUGCCUUUUGACAGUGGCCAGGGUUUUCCCUACUUUCCGCCAGUCUUUCCUAAAGGAAACUCAUUCUAAAUACUUAACCUUUUCCCCUGGAAUCCUCGAAGGAAAAUGGAAUUCUGGUUCAUACUGUGGUCUCUUGUAACCUCAGGUCUUCAUUGUGAUCACUUUCAAAUUCACAAGAUCCAGGUGGAAAUGAUUUUACUAUGCCGGUUGUAAUUCUACAGAAUAACUGAAUUCUACACUGUUAUGUUUGAGUAUAAAUAGUGAUGCUUCCUUUUCAUGUCUCUAACCUGGCUUCAUUUCUGUAACACAGCCACCCAAUUUUGUUUGAAGGGGAAUAAUAUGUGGUUUUUGUA